UUGUCAAAAUCAAAAUCAAGUCAUUCAGAUGUCAUCAUAAAACAUAGCUAUCCAUUUUGUGUGUAUCCUUGUUUAAAAUUGUGAUAAUCCUGUAGCUUUAACACUGAUUCAUACAGUUUUUAUAAUAAACUUGAGUAUUUGACAGCAAAAAACCCAAAAGUUUCAGUUAUGGAUCGUCUCUUACGGCUUGGAGGAGGUAUGGCGGGCCUCUCACAAGCGCCGCCGCCGAGUGAUGCCCCUGCAGUCGAUACAGCUGAACAAGUCUAUAUAUCCUCAUUAGCUUUAUUAAAGAUGUUAAAACACGGUCGUGCCGGAGUGCCCAUGGAAGUUAUGGGUCUCAUGUUAGGAGAAUUUGUUGAUGACUACACCGUUCGUGUUAUUGACGUAUUUGCGAUGCCACAAACUGGUACUGGUGUUUCUGUAGAAGCUGUUGAUCCUGUGUUUCAAGCUAAAAUGUUGGAUAUGUUAAAACAAACAGGCCGUCCAGAAAUGGUAGUGGGAUGGUAUCAUUCCCAUCCUGGCUUUGGCUGUUGGUUAUCUGGUGUGGAUAUUAACACUCAGCAGUCAUUUGAGGCAUUAUCAGAACGUGCUGUGGCCGUUGUUGUUGACCCAAUUCAGUCUGUGAAAGGCAAAGUGGUCAUUGAUGCAUUCCGCCUCAUCAAUCCAAAUAUGAUGGUCCUGGGACAGGAGCCGAGACAAACAACUUCCAAUUUGGGGCACUUACAAAAACCAUCAGUGCAAGCAUUGAUACAUGGUCUCAACCGUCACUAUUACUCUAUAAGCAUCAACUACAGAAAAAAUGAAUUAGAACAAAAGAUGUUACUUAAUCUUCACAAGAAGUCAUGGAUGGACGGACUUACUUUAGCUGACUAUAAAGAGCACUGUGCAAUCAAUGAGACCACCGUCACUGAUAUGCUUGAACUAGCCAAAAACUAUAACAAAGCUUUGGAAGAUGAAGAGAAAAUGACUCCUGAACAGUUAGCUAUUAAGAAUGUUGGUAAGCAAGACCCCAAGAGGCACUUGGAAGAAAAGGUUGAUGUGCUUAUGGCAAAUAAUAUUGUUCAGUCCUUGGGUGCAAUGCUCGAUACCAUGGUGUUCAAAUGAUUGUGUGAGACUGUUUGUGUUAAGGUUAAAUAAAAUAGCAUUUGUGUAUACACCGAGUCUCACAAUUGAAAUUUUUAACCUAGUAUGAUAUAUUUUAUGUAUUACUAGGCAAUUUUUAACAAUAAAUACACAUUUCAUUUAUAA